GCAGUGUGCAGCACGCGCACAUCUCACCUUGAUCCGCAGCACCUGCGGCUCCUCAUAGGUCCCGCCCCCUCGCGUGCCACGGUUCAACCGAGAGCGACAGACUUGCCACGGAGCUCCGUGAUUGGCUCAAUCACAUGCCAGUUUAUUUAGAGUCGCCGUUUCCCGCCAUCGCCCCCCUUAAUGCGCGAGCGCGCUCAUCAGCAUACGCCAUUAAUUUAUAAACCGAAUUAAGACGUCCUCUCCAGCCAUCAUGGCAGUCAGGCUCUGUGAUGUGGCUUCUCUCCUGAGAAGUGGCUCGUGGGCAGCCGAGCCGUGGACUGGGGUGAUCGCUGCCAUGGAGACGCAGCUGUCCAAUGGGCCGAGCUGUACCUCCAGCAACGGUCCCAACAGCGUCUCUAACAACUGCACAUCACCUGUGGAGAUGCCCAACGACACGGAGGACAGUAAAACCAACCUGAUCGUCAACUACCUGCCACAGAACAUGACGCAGGAGGAGCUCAAGAGUCUGUUCGGCAGCAUCGGAGAGAUUGAGUCCUGCAAACUUGUGCGGGACAAAAUCACUGGUCAGAGUCUGGGCUAUGGCUUUGUGAACUAUGUAGAGCCCAAAGAUGCAGAGAAAGCCAUCAACACUUUAAAUGGUCUCCGACUGCAGACUAAAACCAUCAAGGUGUCGUUUGCUCGACCGAGUUCGGCCUCCAUUCGAGAUGCUAACCUGUACGUGAGCGGUCUUCCUAAAACCAUGACCCAGAAAGAGCUGGAGCAGCUGUUCUCUCAGUACGGCCGCAUCAUCACCUCCAGGAUCCUCGUGGAUCAGGUCACAGGAGUGUCCAGAGGUGUGGGCUUCAUUCGAUUUGACCGGCGUGUUGAGGCUGAGGAGGCGAUUAAAGGGCUGAACGGACAGAAGCCACCGGGUGCCACCGAGCCAAUCACGGUGAAGUUUGCCAACAACCCCAGUCAGAAGAGCAGCCAGGCGCUGCUGUCCCACCUGUACCAGUCACCCAACAGACGUUACCCAGGACCGCUGGCGCAGCAGGCCCAGAGAUUCAGGCUAGAUAACCUGCUGAACAUGGCAUAUGGAGUCAAGAGUAGAUUCUCACCCAUGACCAUUGAUGGGGUGACCAGCCUGGCAGGCAUCAACCUCCCGGGUCACGCCGGCACGGGCUGGUGCAUUUUUGUCUAUAAUCUGGCGCCGGAUGCUGACGAGAACAUCCUCUGGCAGAUGUUUGGCCCGUUUGGUGCGGUGACUAAUGUAAAGGUCAUUCGAGACUUCAACACAAACAAGUGCAAAGGAUUUGGAUUCGUGACCAUGACAAACUACGACGAGGCUGCUGUAGCUAUCGCUAGUUUGAAUGGGUACCGGCUCGGCGACCGGGUUUUACAGGUCUCCUUCAAGACAAACAAAACACACAAGGCCUGAUUGUGUGACUUUAUGCAAACAUGACUUUACAUAGAUGACAGAAAAUAUUUCAUGUUGUUGUUUUUUUGUUUUUUUUCUUUUCUUAAAAUAUUUUAUGUUUUAAAACAUGCGUUUAAAGAUUUAAGUAGAAUAACCGCUGAUUGUUUAAGUUUGUUUAUUUGGUGUAUAAUGUUGAAGGUGACCUCCAUGAGGCUGAGAUGGAGAGCUUUCCCGUGUCGGUGUUCCCAUCUCUCCUCAUGAGCGUCUGCGGUGCAGUCCACUGCAUGUGAGUGCAUGAAUCUUUAGUUGAACUUUUUCAGUUUUCUUUGUGCUAAUGCUAUCUUUAUGUUAAAUAUUUAAAUAGGUAUAAAACAAGAUGUACAUGUUCUUUUCUGUUUGAAAUUUAUUUUGUUUUUAUUGUUCAGUAGUAC